GGUCACCUGUACAACAAGAGCAAGGGUGGGCAGGUGGCAGCAGUCACCUGACUCACACUCAGCGCAUUGUAUUUCACGAUACCUGACCCAAUUAAAGGUGUCGCACCCACACGGAAAAACAAUAUCCAGUCAUGCCUAUCAUAAAGACCGUUGCUCACUGACGUUUUAGGCGUUGAUAAAGCUGAUCUGAGUGUCGUGUUUUGGAUUGAUUUGUCGUACGUCUGGGAACGCAGGUGACGGGCGGGCGGCGACGCGGCCCUCAACGCCAAGUGGAGGCUGGUUGACAUUCUGGGCCACGCGUGUGCUUGCAUGUUCCCUUGUUCCCCCUGAACCCCUGCAGUCGAGGUGUGUGCUGCAGCGAGGCCCGGUGACCACUGACCACAGCCGUGUGUCUCCCUCCCCUGCCAGCACAGCAGCCCGCCUGCCCCGUGUUGUGUCCUGGCCGCUGUCUCCUGUGUUGAUGUCUCCCGUGUGCUGGUGUGUGUCUUCCAGGGGCGCCAAGGAGUGGUGUGCAGCGGCCGGGCCCAUGUGCUGCUGAAUACUGAACACCUACAGCCGCCGCACAUAAGCCGGGCCGAGGCGCCCCCUUGAGGGAGCUCUGCCCCAGGCCCCGGGGGACACCAGCCGACAGAUCAUGUCCUCGGGGCAGAGGUUGAUGUUACUGUUAAGUGAAUGGGUGAAUCAAGGUGAAUAUGCAGUGACUGGCCAACGGGACAGUAGCGUGUGGCUGUGGUGUUGGUGUCCGUCUGGUGCUGUGCCUUGGCUAAAGGGAGAAAAUGCUAAAAGAUGAUUUUUACUUGUGCUGCAAAAGUGAAGGUCAGUGGCCAGCGAUGGGCAAGCCCUUUGGGUGGUGGGUGGUCCGCAAGGCCCUGGUGGUGUCCGGGGUGGUGCUGGUUGUGUUGCUGGCCAUGGGUGUGUGGCAGGACCUGCAGGCAGCGGCCUCAGUGCGUGCGCCACCACCCCUUAACGUCAGUCCACUGUAUCCCUCGCACAUGUCACUCCUUGACCUGCCUCACUUCUCCUACGUGAUCAACAACAACAUCUGCGGCACCGGCAGUGUGUUCCUGGUGGUCAUCGUGCACACUCACCCUGCCAAGCGACGGGAGAGGGAUGUGAUGCGCCAAACUAUGCCCUCUGAGGAUCUGGAGGAGCUUGGCAUGCGCAGGGUGUUCCUCCUGGCCCGCGCUGAGUGGGAUGACCAGCCGCAGUACAGCAAGACACCGCAGUGGAGCAUUGAAGAAGAGAACGAGGAGCACCACGAUGUUGUGCAGGGCAACUUUAAGGAGCAUUACCACAACCUGACCUACAAGCAUGUUAUGGGCCUGCAGUGGACGGCCCGCUAUUGUCCCCAGGCAAAAUUCGUCAUUAAGAUGGAUGGGGAUAUUGCUGUUGACUUGUAUCAGUUCCGGAACAGGCUGUGGAGUAGAUAUCAGGAGCGGCAUAAUCUAAUUGUGGGGCUCCUUCAGGUGGGGGCACGGGCGGUGCGGGACAAAGCCAGCAAAUGGUAUGUCAGCGAGACCUACUACCCUGGCAAGUUCUACGUGCCCUUCAUCUCUGGCUGGGCGUACGCCAUCACUGCCGAUGCCGUUCGUGCCAUCAUCAAGGAGUCGUUCAAGUUGCCAUACUUCUGGAUUGAUGACGUGCAUGUGACGGGGACGCUGGCAGAGCGGGCUCACGUCAAGCGCGAGGGCAUCAACGGCUUGUUCACCAUUCACUCAGACCACUUGCACUGCUGCCUAGAGCUUCCCGGCAGUGCUGAUUACUACUGCGACUACCUGGCGGGCCCAAGCGAGGGCGACCUGGACCUGCUGGCGCGGGUGCUGCGCCAUGCCAGGACCUGCUACAUUGAUCCCUGCCAGCGCCGCACCCCUGAGGCCAGCGUGGCCAGAACUUGUGUGCGCGUCAAGCCACCGGGGCCAAAACCCCUCCCUGCCAAGGGCCACGGGGAGAUCAAGCGUGUUUUCAGGUGACUGAGGCACAACACAGUGGGCAGUUGUGGCUGUAACUGAGCACCAGCUGGAUGACUUGAUCUUCAUGGUGCACAUAAUCUUUAUCAUGAUUCAGCUGUGCAGUGAAUCUCCUUCACACUUAAGUCAUACAUCUGGCAUUACAUGAGCUGUUUGAGGCCAAAUAAAUCUUUUUGAAAUGAAGAA